AGAAACAUUUGGUAAGAUUUUGUGUUUUUACAGUGUAUAGUAGACAGCUAAUGUGGGAAACAAGGAAACAAUGCAAGUACGCAUAGAGAUGCCACCCAAAAACCCCAGGACCAUGAAGUAUAGGCAUCUCUCAAAAAUUAGUCAAAAUGUUGAAAGGGUGAGGCUCCUGAUGUCAAGGCCAGUCAAUGAAUAUUUCAUCUAAUUUCAAUCUCAAGCACUUUGAUUUUUUCAUUAAGUCUCUUUGUUUCCACUCAAACCUUUCAUGAUCAAAUUCAAACUGGAAGAAAGCUCAGGAAGAGUUAUUUUUGGCGUGUGCUCCUGCAGCCAUAAAAGGCCAGACUGAUAAAACUCUGUCUCACGUUAGUUUGUGUUUUCUUCCGUUAUUGUGUAAAAAUAAACAUGACUCGCAGAUGACUGAGGUUUACAUGGGAAGAAGGACUUCCUGUUUACAUGGUAUAAAGGGAGAAUACCCGGUGCAUUCCUUCAGUUCACCACAUCAGACUGAAGUAUGAUGAACUGGAUCAGGACGGACUGCAUUCGGACUGCUCUAAACUGGAACUAAUCUGAUUGGACGCGACUGGAUUUAUCUUCAUUACCUGGAACUGGUAUGUCUUGUGUAGCUGCUGUCUCUGUGCUCAUCAGGUUUGUGAUUUACUGAACAUUUCCUGAAUUAAAUAUCAACAUAAUCAAAAUCAAAUGAGCUGUUUUGAACUGUUCUUCUUUCCCUUUGCAGAUAUUCUUUUCUAAGGAUCUGUCCUCCAUGAUGCUGCUGUCCUGGAACUCUGUGAAGCAACAGCUUGAGGAGACGGCCUCUCAGGCAUUAGACGUUUUCACCACCGGUGAAAGGACGACCUGGAUGAGGACCUUCCUCCUCCUCCUCACCUGCAUCACAUCGAGCAUCCUGCUCAGCUCCCUGCUCUUCCUCUACCUCCUCUUCGGCGUGGAUUAUGAAGUGGAAGUCGCAAGUGGCAUUACGGUCUGCUUCGGGGUUUCACUCACUGUUGCCCUUUUCUUUUCAAACAGAGUGAGAUGUCUGGGGACUCUGUUUGUGGUUUCCAUUUUCAUGAAGAAGAGCCGGAACUUGCUGCUGACUGCUGGAACGAGUUUAGUCGUCCUUCAAAACAUCCGCAACACUCUAAGGAACCUGACCCGCCUGAUGCAGAGUAUGAUCUGCAACCUGAAGGCAAAGAAAGAAUCCAUCGUUGCUCCAUUUAGCAACUAUGUCAAGAUGUUGGAGUGGAUUGGAGGCGUCCUCAGAGGGGUUACCGACCUGGGAGUUGUCAACCUUGACUCAAAGUUGAAGGUUUCGCCGAGAAUAGAGUCAGAAGUGUUCAGGUUGAAGCUGAGCGAGGCCGAGCAGAGACUGAACGAGACCGUAAGGUAUGCUCAGGGCGUCAUGGAAACAAUCUUCUCUGUGACGGACAAGAUGUUUCCCGCCGUCAGCUUCCUCAUACUAUUCACAUUAAUAGCUUUACGCGUCAGAAAGUACUGCAACGACGUAAAGUAUGAGAACAGCUUCAUCAGCGGGAGGUUUGUUAAGUUUGAUGAGAAGCAGAAAGCUGAAGGGAAGCCUCAUGUUCUCCCGCUCACCCCAAAGGAAGAGAAGCGGUACGCCACCAUUCCAUCGGUGCGUCCCAGCAGCAGCGAGGGGAAAGCCAUGCUGAAGUUUGGAGCUCCGGUAAUCUCCCACUUUGUUGCCUGGGCCCUUUUUAUAACAGUGGAUGCCUUGCUGUACUGCUUUGUUGAUAUUGUCACGAAAAAAUUAUCGGAGCUGAAGCCAUUCCACGUGCCCCUGAUGAUCAGUUUCACAGGGAUUGCGACUUUGAUAGGCAUACAGAUUGAAGAAGAAAACCGUCAAAGGGAUUUUUCCUACUCCGUGACUUUGUUUGAGAGGAAGUGUCUCCCUGAACCCGAGCUGCUGUUGUAUAACUCUGUGCUGCCGCUGAGCGCCAUCCUCAUCAUCCUGAUCAUUAUGGCUCUGAUGGCUUCCAAAGUCUCCCAGCUCAGACUAAUGGUCUGUGAUCGGUUCUUUUCCGAUGCCAGCAAUGCAAGGGUGGAGUUCCUGCAUCGCAAGAUCCUGAGAAAAAGAUUAAAAACGAACAAGAAAGACAAUGAAAGCAGCAUUAUGUCAUUUAUUCUAAAGCUACAUUUCUGGUGUCCGAUGUUCUUCCGACCCAAAGAUGAGCCUCAGAGUAUUGCUUAAAGAUAUGGUUCUCUUUACCCAUAAUGCUACCAUGCUCAAUCAGUUGCAGGUUUGUUAAAGACACUGAAUGUUUAAAUUUAAAAAAUGGUCCAUCUUCAGGAUGGGAAAAUACAUGGAUCAUGGUAUUUAAAGACUACAUUUGUGUGGAUGCACAAAACCUGGAAUCAACUACCUUUCUU